AUGGUGAUGCACAAAACAGCACAAGAUGUUUUGUGUAUCCGCAGGAAUAGUAGAAUUGCAGGAUACAUGUAUCCAGGAGAAACAACCUACUGGCCACCAAGGUACCAGUCAACAGAUACUCAAGAAUAUCAUCAAUAUGAAGUUAUUGAAACUCCCCUUCCACCUUCCCCGUGCCAUCGACCUCCUCCUCCUCCUGUAGACUCAGAUCCAGCUGGCCUGUAUGGUGGCUUUCCUUUCCCACUUGAUCAAAACAACAAGCGGGCUCCUAUUCCACCUCGCUACAGCAAUCAAAAUCUGGAAGACUUCUUACCCCCUGAUUCUGCUGAAUUACCUUCUUCCCAGUGUCAGAACGAAUACACCGCAAUCAGCUACUACCCUUCUCAAUUGGUAGAAAAUGAAGGGCCACUCUACCAUCCAGACAAUGGGUACAAGAGGGUUAGCAUGAGACUUAGUGUGGCCCAGCCCUCCUACGCAGACUGUGAAAUCAGGCCUGUACCGAAUGUCAGAACUCAGCCAGCAUUGCCUUCUAACUACGAGGGCUCCGACAUGGUGGAGAGUGACUAUGGAAGCUGUGAAGAAGUGAUGUUUUAAAACAAAACAAAACACGGCGUGUCUGCAUUCACAAUGUGCCUGAAGGAGAGGACAUUUAAUUCAAGUGUACUUUACUGAAAUGUACAACCUUUCCAUUUUAACAGCAACAUCUUCCUUCAAUCUAACUAUGCUAAAAAAUAGCAUUGAUGGUUCUGCCCGCAAUCCAGCCCCACUUUUCUGACUUGGGUAGGACUCCAAAUGGAUCGUGUUGAUGUUUUGUAGAGUUGGAUUGUUACCUGGACAGAAAGAUGGAAUUGCAAACCAGGACAUAUGAAAGCACUUUCAGUGAGUGCUGGCAGCAACUAUUUUUCUCAGCUACAGCCAGAGGUGAUAUUCAGCAGUCUCAGACCAGUUCUAGAGAACCAGUAGUGGAAAUUUUGAGUAGUUUGGA